AUGGAGAACGAUAAUCUGCAUGAAUAUCGCACAUUAUGUGCUAUACGACUGAGACGAUUAGAACGAUGUAAAAAGGCAAAAAGUUUCUGUAGCUUAGAGGACGAAUAUAACGGAUUCGGGAUGCCGACAGUAUCGGCAACCAAAUGCAGAUCACAGACCAACGAAAUGGUUAUGCGUGAACAUCGAAAUGCUGCUGCUGUUAGCCGUAACUAUUCGUUUACACAGCAAUCAACGCCAACUACUUGGCAAAAUUCUGCAGCAACAGAGUUAAGGCCGAUACAGGUGAACAACGAUGAAAAUGUUGGUCCUGUAAGUAACAAUAAAUUCGAGGUUCUAAGGCAAAGUUUGGUAAGUCAAUAUUUUAAUAUUCUUUCUUAUUUAUCUGAAAACUACUUUUGCCUUUCCUUUUCAUAA